CUCUGAAUAGCCUCAUCUUGAAGAGGACUUGCUCAAUGUGUUUGAGGAAUGUCCAACAACUGGGACAACAAAGAAGAAGAGUUAAUCGAAAAAUUGGAGGUGGUCACCGUGCCUUCCCCAUCACCAAAAGGACUGCCAGUGAAGCAGUAUGCUGUCCAGUCGCAGCUGCCAGUGUAUGAGUGGCCAGAUGUGGGAUCUGGAGAAUAUGAUGUUGGAGUGGUCGCUUCAUUUGGCCGACUUUUGAGUGAGGCUCUUAUUCUUAAAUUUCCCUAUGGCAUAUUGAAUGUCCACCCCAGUUGCCUCCCAAGGUGGCGUGGUCCAGCCCCUAUAAUCCAUACUGUGCUUCACGGAGACACAAUUACUGGAGUAACAAUUAUGCAAAUCAGGCCUAAAAGAUUUGAUGUAGGUCCAAUUCUCAAACAGGAAACCAUUCCUGUGCCCCCCAAGAGCACUGCAAAGGAAUUGGAAGUAGUGCUGUCAAGACUGGGUGCCAACAUGCUUAUUUCAGUUUUGAAAAAUUUGCCUGAAAGUUUGAACAAUGGAAGGCAGCAGCCAACUGAGGGGGUGACACAUGCCCCUAAGAUUUCUGCUCGUACCAGCUGUAUAAAAUGGGAGGAACAAACUUCAGAGGAAAUAUUCAGACUUCAUCGUGCCAUUGGAAAUAUAGAUGGCUGGAUUGGUGUUCGGUCAGUGAUGCUCAAGAAAACACUAACAGCUGCUGAUUUCUACAAUGGAUAUUUGCACCCCUGGCACCAGAAAAACUCCCAAGCUCAUCCAAGUCAAUGCAGAUUUCAGACUCUCAGACUUCCAACAAAGAAGCGGGGGGAAAAAAUUGUUGCUAUGCAACAGUGCACUAAGUAGUUUAGAAAGAAGAUAGAUAAGACCUAUUACAUAUUUGUAAUUUAUUAAAAGUCUUAUUCAUAA